GAUGGCACAGUGGGGUGCCAUAUUCUCAAUUAUUGUGGCUCUUGCUGGAGCAGCGCUUUUAGCUUCGAUGCACAAGAUCGAUGAAGGUCACACUGGAGUGUACUACAGGUACUCCGGUUUCCUCCCACAUCCCAAAGACAUGCACGUGAAAUCACUCCACCACCAUUCCUAUUGGAUGUGCCGAGACGUCAUCACAGCGUGCUGCGCCCAAAUCAAAACAUUUUUAAUUCAAGUGCACCUGUCACUUGUACUAACCUACCCUUUGUGUCGCUUGGGCUGUACGGUGAAAGGGCCCUAAAUUUAUUUGAUACACUAUAGGAACAAUGAAUAAAUUCAUUUUUAGUUUUAAGGGCCCACUGCUUGCCCCGUACAGAUUCCUUAGUGUAGUUUGUGUAUAUUAUUAGAUGGCAGAAAAUGGUAAGAAUAAAACAGAUCAACAAAAUGGAAAAGAUAAUGAAGCCCAAGGCCCAACUAAACCUAGUCGCAUAAAUGUACUUGAAUGAAUAAAGUACCCACAGCUGACGAAUUAUUGUUGAGAAAUAUGAAGAUGAUGAAAAUGAAAGUGAAUAUAGAGACUAACUAACAAACUUGUCUUUAAACUCUUUCUAUUGUCAUUGCCAUGUGGAUCAGAAAAAUGCGACUCAGAAUUGUGCCAUUUUGGGAGGUCCACGAGGAAGUGGUCAUAGCUGAUGUCACAAACCUGUUCAGAAUGCACCACUACCAGUUGCAGGGGAGGAGCUCUCUUGACCACCACGAGUGGACCUGGUUUCCAUCUUAUGUUUCCAUUUAUCACCUCCUACAAGUCUGUCCAGACGACGCUGCAGACAGAUGAGGUGAAAAACGUUCCCUGUGGCACUAGUGGAGGAGUGAUGAUCUACUUUGACCGCAUAGAGGUUGUGAACUACCUUGUUCCCACAGCAGUGUUUGACAUAGUAAGGAAUUUCACUGCAGAUUACGACAAAGCUUUAAUAUUCAAUAAGGUUCACCAUGAACUCAACCAGUUCUGCAGUGUUCACUCUCUGCAGGAGGUCUACAUUGGCCUGUUUGACCAAAUCGACGAAAACCUGAAACUAACAUUGCAAGAAGAUCUAACAAGCAUGGCACCUGGUCUCAUCAUCCAGGCAGUACGUGUCACAAAGCCCAACAUCCCAGAGAGUAUCCGCAGAAACUACGAGCUCAUGGAGAGUGAGAAGACAAAGCUGUUGAUCUCCCAGCAGACACAGAAGGUUGUUGAGAAAGAGGCAGAGACAGAAAGGAUCAAAGCUCUGAUUGAGGCAGAAAAAGUGGCCCAAGUGGCAGAAAUCAAGUUUGGACAAAAAGUCAUGGAGAAGGAAACCGAGAAAAAGAUCUCAGAAAUUGAAGAUGGGGCUUUCCUGGCACGGCAGAAGGCCAAAGCAGAUGCCGAGUUCUACACUGCACUGAAAGCAGCAGAAGCCAACAAGCUGAAGUUAACACCUGAAUACUUGCAGCUGAUGAAGUACAAGGCCAUCGCCGCCAACAGCAAAAUCUACUUUGGGAAAGACAUACCCCAAAUGUUCCUGGACUCUGCUGGGACCUCACUAAAGGCCUCUGCAGCUGUGGAUCUUGUAGCAGAGCAGAUCUUGGACAUGGAUUAGCAAAGAAGGUAUAUUGGGUCCUAGACAUCCACCUAGGGGUGGUGGACUAGAUGAUGGCAGGCAGCUUCACCUCCAGCCCAGAGACUCUCUGCUGACCAGGGCCCUUAUUUUCACAAGUAUCUCAGAAUCACUGCUUUAAAAAAAAAUCUGUGUUUCAGUAGGUAUGGAAAACCUCAGAAUAGGACCCUUUCAGGGUGGCCUAAAAUGUUACAUGGCAUCACUGUUGGUGCAUAUGAGGUGGAGAAAAAGAAAGUUUAUACACAUUAUGUGCACCCAAUUUUUUUAGCAACCAAUGAACACAGCUUGUGUGGCAACAAGCAAUCGUUAAUGCUUGCAAUAUAUUACAAUUAUUUUCCACUUCAUAUAACCCCGUCCCAACAAAUCUUACUCAUCAUUGGCAUUUGAAUGUUAUUAUAAAAUGACCAAUUAGUUGAUUGGUUAUAAGAUGCAUGCAAUCUAGUUUUGUGUAAACUAAAAAUAUUGUAAAUCCAAACUUUCAAGUGCUAAUUUUCUUUUUUUUUUUAAGGUAAUACUAGCUCCUACUUUGAUUAUUCUCCAAAUCCAUUUCAUCAUCCAAUCCAAUUUCAGUAAAAAAAAAAAAAAAAAGAUUAUAAUGGUGGUGUUGUGUGUCAUAUACUGGACCUCAGUCACAUUCUAGCAGCUUGUAGCAUUUACUGAUCAUUCAUGAAGUAGACUAGAACCAAUGCCAGCGUCAUCACUAAAUCACUGAAAUUUCACUUUACUUGCUCCGUGACAAAAGUUGCUAACUCUCACUGGCUUCAAAGUAGAGGCUGACAUUUUUUCGAAAUUCCCACUGGCUGCCGUGGGGUAUGAGUGAAUUUCACUGUUAAUUAUGGGAUUGCGCAGGAGGGGCAAUGAACAUCACCGGGAGCGAGUGGGAGCUAUGACAACAAAGUCACCGGGAGUGGAAACCAUGACGGGAGAAGAAAACAUGGUAUUUGCGGGAUUCUGUAAAAUUUUUGGCUCGGGAUUGGGAGGGAGUGGGAUCAAUCUCUGUGGGAGUGGGAGGUAGUGCGCAUUGAAAUCCACUCUCGUGUCAGCCUCUACUUCAAAAUACAGGUCUUGACCAAAAUUGUCCCUACUCUGUCAUCUUUUUUGCAUCUUUUCUUUUUUCUUUUUCUGUUUUACACUGCAGUGGGUACAUAUACAGUAGCAGUGUGUAAACCCUUUUUUCCACAUUGGGUGUGAUAACCAACGUCUUUUACAAGUUGUGUAUGAAUGGGACAAAUCUAGUGUGUUUAACCACAGCGAUAGAGGCCACUCAGGAAUUUUGCUUGAGCCCCUAUUGUUGAUGCAUUAUUCUAUGCAGACAUGAGGGUUCUGUCAAUGGCAGACAUAAGAUGGUUUUGUUCCAGUCCAAGCAAAACAGUUCAAUAAAGUAUGACUUGGAAUAUAAGGCUUUAACUAUAAAACUUGAGUUCUAUUGAUGGAACAGUCUGUGUGUUUGUGGGUAUGUUUUAUUGUGAAUGCUAGUUUUUUACAUUGCAAAAUUUGGUCAGGUGAAAGUGAGUGUGUUCUGUUGUGAAAAGCUGCCUAUAAUAUGCUACAGUUGAACAAAUAUUUGAAAUUGUACUUUUGUUAUCAGAGCUUCUGUCAAAUGACAUAUACAGUUUUGUUCAGAAGUAUUUGGAAAAUGAGUUUUGUACAUUUUUUUAUUUUUUAAUACGUCACAGUUAAUCAGAAUAGGAUUCAAGUAAUUUUUUGUACUUAACACCAUAUUCAGGGGCUCAGUAGUAUUUGGACCGUAUACUCUCAAAAUGUUGACUGGCCUAAAGUAUUUGGACAAAGGAACAUAAAUAAGUAGUUAUCUUUUUUUAUGUGGAUGGAUGAAAAAUUCUUUGCAAUCUAUGACUACCUCAAGUCUGGAGUCCAAGAACGUCACCAAAUGUGAGUUUCAUCUCCGGAGGUGCUUUACCAGGCCUUCACUUCUUGCCACCUACCCUUUUUUUUUUGCUUCUUUUAACUUGUGUUUAGGUCAUGACUUCUGUCUUUUGCCUUAACCUUUUUGUUCAGUAAGUGAAAAUCAUGCUCUGUUAAGUUGAAAUCAGACAGAAUCAGAUUUAUUGAAGAAUAUUCCAUGUCUAUAUAUAUUUUUUUCAAAUAUGUUUUAGGUAAUCUUCCACAUGCACUGUGAGCAUCAAUUUUGAAGCAUUGGCUAAAUGUGAGCAGAGUGUAUAGGGCACAGGUGUAAAACCCAAGGCCCUGGGGCCAGAUCCGGCCCGCCAUACAUUUUAUGUGGCUCGUGAAAGUAAAUCAUGUCAAACCUCCAUGAAUCUUGCUAAAAUGUGUACCUAAAUAGUGUUGUUAUAUUGCAAGCAUUAUUUUUGUUACCAAACCCCUUUUUACAGUAACUUGAACAGUAAUGGAACAAACCAUUAUCCUUCUGUCUAAAACUAAAACUAGUCAAUUAUCCAUCAGUUUGUAAUGUAUAUGUAAUAUGAUGAGGCGAUUAAACAUUUAUAUUGGUUGGCAGUCAAAAUGGCCUUCUGAGGUAUAGCGUAACUACAAUGUGGCCCGUGACGAAAAUCAGUUUGACACCCCUGGCCACACACCACACUAUUUGUGUUACUUCUGUCAGUAGUCGCAUCAAUAAAGAUCACUAAACCCAUUCAAUUAGCAGCCAUUUAAACUGCUGAAACACUGUCUCCACCAUGUUUGACAAAUUAUGUUAAUUUGGAUCAUGAGCUGUUCCUUUCCUUAUCCAUACUUUCUCUUACCAUCGUUUUGAUAUACGAUUUUCUUUGUUUCAUCUGUUCAAACGAUUGGAUGACAAAACGUUUUUUUUUGUUUGUUUGUUUUUUAAGAUGUUUUCUUCCACAGUUUAAUCCGGCUUCGUGUUGUUGUACACACUGCAUUUACAUUCAGGAAGGCAUUUGAUUGUAGAUUUUGUGUGGGGAAGAUAUGCCUUCUCCAGAUUAUCAUCAUGUACCUCUGUGGUCUUUAAGGCAUCUUUGUGCUGAUGAGCGCGCCAGUUUCUUUAUAAGAAUGUAUCACACUGUUCAUGUGGACACAUCUUAGGUUUUUUUUUCCCUCUUGUACAAUAAUAUGUAUACUGUUCUUACAUCUUAAUGAUGGCUCCAGCACCUGAUGUCAACAGCAGACUUAUCUGCUGCAUUUGUCUUGAAGUUACAACGAAAUAGGUUGCACUUGGCCAUUUAACCUCUUGUGGAUCAGUUGUCCAAAUAUUAUUGAGCCCCUGAACAUGAAUGUACUCUUCAUAAAAUGGCUAUACAGCGGAACCUCGAUAAGACGGACUAAUAGUGACAGGAGGUCGUCUGUUAUAGCCGAUUGUUCGGUACAUUGAAGCACUUUUUCACCAUACUACUGUACAGUAGAAAAUUGUUUUGUACUUUUUUCGGGGGCCUAAGAUGCACAGUACAGUAUGAAGCUAUUGUAAAUAUACAAAAAGCUUAAAAGUUUCUCAAUUAAUCCAAACUUACCGCUGGUGUACUUUAUUUAGAAGCUGACGUACUCGUCAUAGGCAAGUCGCUGUCAUAAGCUGUAAAGAAUAAGUGCUUCCGAGUUCCAACGCUGCUGCCAAAGGCAAAAGAUUUGACAAGAAAAAGAAAAAAAAAUGUACUCUACCAAAAAUAGCAUGUUCCAGACUCUACAGACUUGUCGUAUUCCUCUUCGUGUUAACACCGCAGCCAGCCAUGUGAGCGCUCUCUGCACCACAGAGCACUAAGCUCGAUAUGCUACUGUAAUGGAUGAACUCCUGACGUCAUAGCAGCCAUGUGGAAAUGUCACAUUCCACAUGGCCACUAACGUCUGUUAGUUGGAUCUAGUCAUAUUGGAUAUCUAUGACCCGGAGACAUGCGUCACCGCCAGUAAACCGUGGCCAAUUAUGGAACUAACAGACUGGAUAAAUGGAAACUAUUUUGGACACAUUCUUUGGUCCCCAUGGUCCGUAUUAUCCGUUAUAUCGGAGGGUUUUAUCACGUUUCCACUAUACUUCCUUAAAUGACAAACAUGGAAACUCUUCAAGGGUUAAAUUUACAAAAAAGUCUACACUCCUCUUGCAUCAUUUUCUUCACUCAUGGUAUACAAAUGUAAAUUCAUAGUCCCCAUCAUUAUCCAAAUACUCCUGGACCUUACUGUAGCUUAAGGGUACCAGAACAUAGAAAUAUAUGAGACGUGUUAAAGGUAUAUCCCACAAACAUGAAUUAAUUUGCUUGAGUGUUUCUGGUAUCACGGUGAGCGGACGCAAGCAAUUAAGAACAGUUGGAGUGUAACCCAGUACAACUGCCAUUUAAUGUCUGUUGUCCUGAACUUAUUGUACUGUAUGUUGUUGCCUCUGUUCUCUGGUGAUCCUGAUUAUCUUAAAGGGGCAUGGUUUGUAUUUGUGCUAAAUUGACAAUGUUAUGAAAGGCAAAAUAAAUACUGGAUUUAUUUGA